AGCCUGUCACAAUCCAACUAGUGUGCUGCGGAGUAUUAAACCUUUUCCCUGUGCUGACUAGAAAGAGAGAAUAAACUGCCACCAUGAGUACCGAUGCAGAGAUGGCGGUAUUUGGCCCAGCUGCCAUAUACCUCCGGAAGCCAGAGAAGGAGAGAAUUGAGGCACAAAACAAACCCUUUGAUGCCAAAACCGCAGUUUUUGUGUCUGAACCCAAGGAGCUGUACCUCAAAGGCAUCCUUCAGAGUAAGGAAGGGGGUAAAGCUACCGUCAAAACUGAGGGUGGGCAAACAUUAACAGUUAAGGAGGAUGAAGUCUUCCCAAUGAACCCUCCCAAGUUCGAUAAAAUUGAGGACAUGGCCAUGAUGACUCACCUCAAUGAAGCCUCUGUGCUGUAUAACCUCAAAGAGCGUUAUGCAGCAUGGAUGAUUUACACCUACUCUGGGCUGUUCUGUGUGACUGUGAACCCCUACAAGUGGCUCCCAGUGUAUAACCCUGAGGUGGUGGCAGCCUACAGAGGCAAAAAGCGCAUGGAGGCUCCGCCACACAUCUUCUCUGUCUCUGAUAACGCUUAUCAGAACAUGCUCACAGAUAGGGAAAACCAGUCUAUCCUCAUCACUGGAGAAUCUGGUGCUGGAAAGACUGUGAACACGAAACGUGUCAUCCAGUAUUUUGCCACAAUCGCAGCAAUUGGGGAAAAGAAGAAAGAGCAAACCUCUGGCAAAAUGCAGGGAACUCUGGAGGAUCAAAUCAUUUCAGCCAACCCUCUGCUGGAGGCUUUUGGAAAUGCCAAGACAGUGAGGAAUGACAACUCCUCUCGCUUUGGUAAAUUCAUCAGAAUUCAUUUUGGAACCUCAGGAAAACUGGCUUCUGCUGACAUUGAGACUUAUUUGCUGGAGAAGUCCAGAGUAACAUUCCAGUUGUCAGAUGAAAGGAGCUACCACAUCUUUUACCAGAUAAUGACCAACCACAAACCAGAGCUCAUAGAAAUGCUCCUUAUCACCACCAACCCCUAUGACUUCCCCAUGAUCAGCAUGGGUCAGAUCAGUGUGGCCAGCAUUGAUGACAAGGAGGAGCUGGUUGCUACAGAUACUGCUAUUGAUAUCCUGGGGUUCACUCCAGAAGAAAAAAAUGGUAUCUACAAGCUGACAGGAGCUGUGAUGCACCAUGGCAAUUUGAAGUUUAAGCAGAAACAGCGAGAGGAGCAGGCCGAGCCUGAUGGCACUGAGGUGGCAGACAAAAUUGCUUAUCUCAUGGGCCUGAACUCAGCAGACCUGCUCAAAGCCCUGUGCUACCCAAGAGUAAAAGUGGGGAAUGAGUUUGUGACCAAGGGGCAGACUGUUCAGCAGGUCAACAAUGCAGUUGGUGCUCUGGCUAAGUCUGUGUAUGAGAAGAUGUUCUUGUGGAUGGUUAUCCGCAUUAACCAGAUGUUGGACACUAAACAGCCAAGACAGUUCUUCAUUGGUGUCCUGGAUAUUGCAGGAUUUGAGAUCUUUGAUUUUAACAGCUUGGAACAGCUGUGCAUCAACUUUACCAAUGAGAAGCUGCAACAGUUCUUCAACCACCACAUGUUUGUACUGGAACAAGAAGAGUACAAGAAAGAGGGAAUUGAGUGGGAGUUCAUUGACUUCGGUAUGGACUUGGCUGCCUGCAUUGAGCUCAUUGAGAAGCCAAUGGGAAUCUUCUCCAUCCUUGAAGAGGAGUGCAUGUUCCCCAAGGCCUCAGACACAACCUUCAAGAACAAGCUCUAUGAUCAGCAUCUUGGCAAGACCAACUGCUUCCAGAAGCCCAAGCCUGCCAAAGGCAAGGCUGAGGCCCACUUCUCCCUGGUGCACUACGCAGGCACAGUGGACUACAACGUCAGUGGCUGGCUGGACAAGAACAAGGACCCCCUGAAUGAGUCUGUUGUGCAGCUGUACCAGAAAUCCUCCGUCAAACUGCUGGCUUUACUCUAUGCCAGCUUUUCCUCCACAGAAGCUGAGUCUGGUGGAAAGAAGGGAGGCAAGAAGAAGGGUGGUUCUUUCCAGACUGUGUCUGCUCUCUUCAGGGAGAACUUGGGCAAGCUGAUGACCAACCUACGAAGCACCCAUCCUCACUUUGUGCGAUGCCUGAUUCCAAAUGAAUCUAAGACACCAGGUCUUAUGGAGAACUUCCUGGUUAUCCACCAGCUGAGGUGUAAUGGUGUACUGGAAGGUAUCAGAAUUUGUAGGAAAGGAUUCCCAAGUAGAAUCCUGUAUGGAGACUUCAAGCAAAGAUACAAAGUUCUGAAUGCCAGUGCCAUCCCAGAGGGUCAGUUCAUUGACAGCAAGAAGGCUUCGGAGAAGCUCUUGGGAUCAAUUGAUGUCGACCACACUCAAUAUAAAUUUGGGCACACUAAGGUAUUCUUCAAAGCUGGUCUGCUGGGUACUCUUGAGGAGAUGAGAGAUGAGAAACUAGCUGCCCUCAUCACUUGUACUCAGGCUCUGUGCCGUGGAUACCUCAUGAGAAAGGAAUUUGUGAAGAUGAUGGAAAGGAGAGAGUCAAUUUACACCAUCCAGUACAACAUCCGCUCAUUCAUGAAUGUGAAACACUGGCCAUGGAUGAAGCUGUACUUCAAGAUCAAGCCUCUUCUGAAGAGUGCAGAGGCUGAGAAGGAGAUGGCCAACAUGAAGGAAGAGUUUGCCAAGUGCAAGGAAGACCUGGCAAAGGCAGAAGCCAAGAGAAAGGAGCUUGAGGAGAAGAUGGUUUCUCUGCUGCAGGAGAAGAAUGACCUGCAGUUACAAGUGCAGUCUGAAAUGGAGGGUCUCUCAGAUGCUGAAGAAAGGUGUGAGGGGCUGAUCAAAAACAAAAUCCAGCUUGAGGCCAAAGUGAAAGAGAUAUCAGAGAGACUGGAGGAUGAAGAGGAAAUGAAUGCCGAACUGACAGCCAAGAAGAGGAAACUGGAGGAUGAGUGCUCUGAGCUCAAGAAAGACAUUGAUGACUUAGAACUCACCUUGGCCAAAGUGGAGAAGGAGAAACAUGCCACAGAAAAUAAGGUUAAAAACCUGACAGAAGAGAUGGCCAGUCAGGAUGAAAGCAUUGCCAAGCUAACCAAGGAGAAGAAAGCCCUACAAGAGGCUCAUCAACAGACCCUUGAUGAUCUGCAAGCAGAGGAAGACAAAGUCAACACUCUGUCUAAAGCCAAGACAAAGCUUGAACAGCAAGUGGAUGAUCUUGAAGGUUCCCUGGAACAAGAAAAGAAACUCCGGAUGGACCUGGAGAGAGCCAAGAGGAAGAUGGAGGGUGAUCUGAAACUCUCUCAAGAAACUGUCAUGGAUCUGGAAAAUGACAAGCAGCAAUCAGAGGAGAAGAUCAAGAAGAAGGACUUUGAAAUAAGCCAGUUCCUCAGCAAGAUUGAGGAUGAACAAGCUCUGGGUGCCCAACUGCAGAAGAAGAUUAAGGAGCUCCAGGCUCGUAUUGAAGAGCUUGAAGAGGAAAUUGAGGCUGAACGUGCUGCUCGGGCCAAGGUUGAGAAGCAGAGGUCUGAUCUCUCCAGGGAACUUGAGGAGAUCAGUGAAAGACUUGAAGAAGCUGGAGGAGCAACUUCUGCCCAGAUUGAGAUGAACAAGAAACGUGAAGCUGAGUUCCAGAAGCUCCGCCGUGACCUUGAAGAGGCCACUCUGCAGCAUGAAGCCACAGCGGCAGCUCUCCGCAAGAAGCAGGCUGACAGUGUGGCAGAAUUAGGGGAGCAGAUUGACAACCUGCAGAGAGUCAAACAGAAGCUGGAGAAGGAGAAGAGCGAGUACAAAAUGGAAAUCGAUGACCUUUCCAGCAACAUGGAAGUAGUUGCCAAGGCUAAGGCUAAUCUGGAGAAGAUGUGCCGUACACUGGAGGACCAACUGAGUGAACUGAAGACAAAGAGUGAUGAAAAUCUACGUCAGAUUAAUGACAUUAGCGCACAAAAAGCAAGACUUCAGACAGAAAAUGGUGAGUUUGUUCGUCAGUUGGAAGAGAAAGAAGCUCUGGUUUCCCAGCUCACAAGAGGUAAACAGGCCUUCACUCAGCAAACUGAGGAGAUGAAGAGGCAGCUGGAGGAAGAAAUAAAAGCUAAGAAUGCCCUGGCUCAUGGUCUCCAGUCCGCCCGCCAUGACUGCGACCUGCUCCGGGAGCAAUAUGAGGAGGAGCAGGAGGCCAAGGCUGAGCUCACUGAGCUCUUCAAGAUGAAGAACUCCUAUGAAGAGGCUCUGGAUCAUCUUGAGACCCUUAAACGGGAGAACAAGAACUUGCAGCAGGAGAUCUCAGACCUCACUGAACAGAUUGGUGAGACUGGAAAGACCAUUCAUGAACUGGAAAAAGCAAAGAAACAGGUGGAAACAGAAAAGACUGAAAUUCAAACUGCACUGGAAGAAGCUGAGGCAUCACUGGAGCAUGAGGAGUCAAAGAUCCUUCGUGUCCAACUGGAAUUGAACCAAAUCAAGUCUGAAGUGGACAGAAAGAUUGCUGAGAAGGAUGAGGAAAUUGAGCAAAUGAAGAGAAACAACCAGAGGAUUGUGGACACCAUGCAGAGUUCUCUUGAUGCAGAGAUUAGGAGCAGAAAUGAUGCCCUCAGAAUUAAGAAAAAAAUGGAAGGAGAUCUCAACGAGAUGGAAAUUCAGCUGAGCCAUUCCAAUCGCCAGGCUGCUGAAGCCCAGAAACAACUAAGGAAUGUCCAAGGACAACUCAAGGAUGCCCAGCUGCACCUGGAUGAUGCCCUUAGAGGACAGGAAGACAUGAAGGAACAGGUUGCCAUGGUGGAGCGCAGGAACAACCUGAUGCAGGCUGAGAUUGAGGAACUGAGGGUUGCCCUGGAACAGACUGAGAGAGGCCGCAAAGUGGCUGAGCAGGAACUGCUUGAUGCCAGUGAGCGUGUCCAACUCCUGCACUCCCAGAAUACCAGCUUGAUCAACACCAAGAAGAAGCUUGAGAGUGACAUUGCUCAGCUCCAGGGUGAAGUUGAUGAUACCAUCCAGGAAGCAAGAAAUGCAGAAGAAAAGGCCAAGAAAGCUAUCACUGAUGCUGCUAUGAUGGCAGAGGAGCUGAAGAAGGAGCAGGACACCAGCGCUCACCUGGAGAGAAUGAAGAAGAACCUGGAGGUCACAGUGAAGGACCUGCAGCACCGUCUGGAUGAGGCUGAGCAGCUAGCAAUGAAGGGUGGGAAGAAACAGCUCCAGAAGUUGGAAACCAGGGUCCGCGAUCUGGAGAAUGAGCUGGAGGCAGAACAAAGACGUGGAGUCGAAGCCAUUAAAGGUGUCCGCAAAUAUGAGAGACGAGUAAAGGAGCUCACUUACCAGGCUGAGGAGGACAAGAAGAAUGUGAACAGACUCCAGGAUCUGGUGGACAAACUUCAACUGAAAGUGAAGGCUUACAAGAGGCAGGCUGAGGAAGCUGAGGAACAGGCUAAUUCUCACCUUGCCAAGUUCAGGAAGGUGCAGCAUGAACUGGAAGAAUCUGAGGAGCGUGCUGACAUCGCUGAAUCUCAGGUCAACAAGCUGAGAGCCAAGAGCCGUGAUAUGGGCUCUAAGGGCAAAGAUUCCGAGGAGUAGAACCUUCACAGCGAUUUCUUCCUCGUCUGAAACUCAUAAAAUAUGAAUUUCAGUUUGUAACAACUCUUUUGUGUCUGUUUUUGUGAAUAAAUAUGCAGAUUAUCUAGUA